CUGUCACUCGAUCAAAAUCUUUCUUGUUCAGCCAACACGGCACGCGCGACCUCGUGUGUUUUCUCUGUGCGGACGAAAAUCAGUGAUUUUUUAUUGAUUUUUCCCUCAACCUAGCUGAGGAACAUCGGCCAUUCUGUAGCCACUCGUCCACUCCAUCUGUAGUGUCUAUUGUUUUCCGUUUUCAAUCGCAUUUUGACGAGAUCAAUACUGCAACAGGAAAAAAUGGCUUCCCCACUAGCGUACGAGAAACACUGGGCGGAUAAGUCCAACCUGGACAGUGCCGAGAAGAAGUACUACGAGUACCUGGCCCAGCUUUCACAAGGGAAAAAACCUGAAUGUCCUAAUGUAGCUCAAAAGAAGGCGGCAGCCCCGGUCGCUCAGUUCAAAGCAGCGACCACCCCCAGCAAGAAAGAACAAUCUUCGCCGAAAGCGGCCACAACUGUUAGUGCUGCACCCGCAGCGGCAGCCCCCGAAUCUGACCAGAACAAGGUAAAGAAGGAUAAAAAGAAGAACAAGAAAAACAAGAAGGAUGCUUCCCAAUCUCCUGAUCCUGCUUCCUCCUCUGCAAGCGAACCGGCAAAGGAACUCCCGAAAGCAGCAGCACCACAAACUCCGGUACUAGCCGCUGCAAACGAUGAUGCUUCCAAAGACCAAAACAAAAAGAAGGCUAAGAAAAACAAGAAGGGAAAAUCCGGCCAGGAAACUGCAGCAGCCGCUAACGAAACAUCUGCUUUCGUUCACAACCAUCAUACUAACAAUAAGCUACUACUAACCGAGAAGGAAAACGCCAAAAAUCUGAAGGAAAAGGAAAACCUAGCGCAUAAGUUGUGCGAUAAUAUUACCGAGGAGUUGAGCAAGAUGGGUUCCUUCCCGGCACAGUGCACCCUGGCAUCGGAGAUCUCCAAGGCCAGACAGCACAUCAAGAAUUCUCUUGAGCGAAUGGAUGGAAUUGCCGCCCUGGCCGCAAGCCCCAGUGCCGAAUUGCUGGAUCGUUUGUCUACCAUGGAGAAGGAGAACGAGAAAUUGCACUCUGUAAUCGAUGGUUUGAACAAUCUGGUGAUUGACUUGCACGCGCGUGUCAAGGCACUGGAAUCUGGAUCUGUAGCCCCUGCCACGAAAUCCGCCGCAGUCCCAGCACCCAAACCUGCCCCAGCCCCAGCCGCCGCCGAUGAGGAAGACGACGAUGACGUCGACCUGUUCGGUUCGGAGGACGAAGACGAGGACAAGGCUGCCGCUGAACUGCGCGAGAAACGCCUCGCCGAAUACGCCGCCAAGAAGUCCAAGAAACCUGCCCUCAUCGCUAAGUCGAACGUCAUCUUGGACAUCAAGCCCUGGGACGAUGAAACCGACAUGAAGCUGAUGGAGACAGAGGUCCGAAAGAUUACCAUGGAUGGACUCUUGCUGGGAGCCUCGAAGUUGGUGCCAUUGGCUUACGGAAUCCACAAGCUGCAGCUGAGCUGCGUCAUCGAAGACGACAAGGUGUCCGUCGAUGAACUGCAGGAAAAGAUCGAACUUAUCGAGGACUAUGUUCAGAGUGUGGACAUUGCCGCGUUCAACAAGAUCUAAGAAUGCUCACCAACCUCAACUUAUCUAGCGUACACACUGCGUAAUCAUCUAUCACACCCUUCCUUUCAAAUUGAAAGUUUUUCAAUAUAAUUAAAUGCGUUUGACUUGAAUAACAACAACAACAACAACAACAACAAACUAUUGUAAUCAGCAAGACUAUGGACAACGUCAAUGUUCAAAAUAAAAUAACGAAACAUGGACUCUUA